AUGGCUUCAGUGAGGAAGGAUGACGUGUGGGACUCAAUGCGGAAGGGAGCACAGGAGCUGGUGGAGAAGGAACCGCUUCUCGGAGGGUUCGUCUACUCGAAAAUUCUUAAUCAGCCGACGUUUGAGCGUUCCCUGGCUUUCAUGCUCGCCACCAAGCUCGCGAGCAGCACGGUUCUUGCAAGUCAGUGGAACGACCUGAUCAUCGAUGCAUUGACAUCCACUGCUGAAGAGGAAAAAUCUAUGGGAGGACGAGGCAGUCCGGCCCCGGGGACGGGCUCCAUCGCGGACGCCGCCCGUGCCGAUUUGAGAGCAAUUUUGUCCCGAGACCCAGCGUGCCCGAGCUAUACGCACGCGUUCCUCUUUUUCAAAGGCUUCCAGGGUUUGCAGGCCCAACGAGUGUCUCAUUGGUUAUGGAGUAAGGGAAGGACGGUGAUUGCGUGCUUCGUGCAGUCGAGCAUUUCCGAGGUCUUCGGUAUGGACCUCCAUCCUGGAGCAAAGUUUGGCAGGGGCAUCCUGGUCGACCACGCGACGGGCAUCGUUGUGGGAGAAACAGCCGUGGUGGACGACGACUGUACGCUGUUCCAUGGAGUUACUCUGGGAGGCACAGGAAAGGUUAGCGGCGAUAGGCAUCCGAAACUGCAGAAGCGUGUCGUUGUUGGAGCACACGCGUCGGUGAUAGGAAACAUAUCCAUCGGGCAUGACUCAAAAAUAGGUGCAAGUGCGUCCAUCCUGCAUGACCUGCCCCCGAACAGCGUCGUCGUUGGGCAUAAGGGUAUCGUGAUCCAGAAGCGAGGUCACAAGGGGAAGCACUCUCUCCUGUCGAAACUAUGA